CAACAACAUCUCAAAGUGUAUUGUUUACAAUUUUUAUCUUAAAAUUUUGAUGUUUGGAGUACCCUGUACCAUCGACCGUGAGGUCACAUAGAUAUAAAAAAUAAAUUGAUCAUCAUUGAUGGUUUAUAAUUUUAGCAAUAGUAAUACUUUAGAAUUUAAUAAUGGAUCAACUUAUAAAACUAAACAACCAAACUGCAGGCAGGGACAAGAUUGCUAGGUUGCUACAGUACUUGAGUAGGUUUGUGUGGCACAAUUUACAGAAAACUCAAAAAAAUGGUGUAGUAAGUCUGAAAAAUUUGGAAUUUCAGUUAAGUACUUUCAGGAAAUUACUCAGAUUUGGAAGAUUUGCCGAAAGUAUAUACACAACAUUACCAUUCUUCGAGCAGGAUGAAGCCACUAUACGCUAUACUGUGAUUUUAAGCAAAAUUGCGAAUUCGUUGUUUCUUUUGGCUGAUCAUAUAUUAUGGUUAGGACGUGCAGACGUGUGUACUGUGGACACGGAGAGAUGGUCACGUUUAUCCAACAAAUAUUGGUUAUAUUCCAUAACUAUGAAUUUAGUUAGAGACUUCUAUGAAAUUUCCAAUAUUUUAAAAAAUAAUAAGGACUCAAUUUUACAAAAUAAAUUCAGUUCCAAGGAAAUGUUACAUAUUUUGUUACGAAGCUUUUAUAUUCUUAGCAAUCACCAAGAUGUUAUGAUAGAUACUAUCAAAAAUGGCUGUGACUUUUUUAUUCCUUUUACAUCAUUAGGCCACAUAAAAUUAUCACCAGGGAUUAUUGGUUUACUAGGGGCUGUUUCUUCUAUUGCUGGAAUGAUAGUAUUACUACAACCUUCUAAAAAACUAAUUCCUUCUUAAUAUGCUUAAGGUAAUUAGGUGACAGUCCAUUUUUAUGUUGUAUUGAAUAAAUAUACAAUAAACUUCAAGGUUUGGGUCAGAAUUAUUAAAAACUUCGUUUUUACAACUAUAAAACGAAAUAUUUUGGUACAAACGGGGAUGAAAUAUUUACAAAAGCAAACGUAUAAUUUAUUUAUUGACAACCCAAAAAAUGCAUUUUUGGAAGCGUUACUUCUAGUGACAAAAACAAUAGUGAUUUUUUUGCAUGACAAUUGCUUUAUUUGGAGGGAAGUUACAUUAUUUGCUGGCUUGACUAUAAUAAUUUUAAAACAAUGACAAUCAAUUAAGAAGUGUUUUCCAAAAAUGUCCGACGAGAU